AUAGGCUUGACGCGACUUGGGCGUGGAGGAUGCUAGGGAUGACGUUCGAGCGGAUGUUUCUGGAUACUCGAUCCGAUCUCUAUAAAUCGUAGAUUCCUUGAAAACCCUAGAUCACGUCGUCUAACAUCUCGGGCCACCGCUCCAACCUGGAUUCACCUCUCAGCUGCCGCUCCAAACUUCAAGCCGUAGUCUGACGGAAAAAAUAGUGGAAGAAGAUUCCCAUCCGGUCGAGAUUUCUGGGGACGGAGGCGUCUUGAGAUUAAAGCAAGCCUCCCAAGUCCCACCCGAUGGAGGCUCCUGAGGACGGAAAAAACAGAGGAAACAUCGGGAGAAACACAGGAAAAAUCAAUGAAGACAAAGGAAGGACGGAAAAAGUUAAAAGGGACUCUAUUCAGAAUAAUGGGAGCAAGAUAAAUUAGUAGGGCAUAAAGUGGAAGCCAUGUAUUGCCAAUCACAAGAAAAAAGCUGCUGCUGGCAAACCACCGCCAUUCUCUCUUGGAGACGCAAGAAGAUGGUUUUGAAGAAUACAAUCGUGUUCUUGAUUGCAUUACUGGUCAUGUUUGGGGUGGCGCAAUCGCAUGCUCAGCCCACCGAUUCCCCUGACUGUGGGUCAGUUGCUCUUGAUCUUUCCUCCUCCCGGGGCAAUCUCAAGGGGUCUGCGCCAAAGCUGUCUGCUUUAUGCCGCCGUACCCUCCGCGGCGAAGCAUCACUUGCUGUGAACAAAGAUGGUUCUGGAAUGACCCAGUCACCGACAGAUUCUCUCAAAGAGAUGUCUGAUGCACAACAAACUAUCGAGGGUUAUUGUCCUGAUUGUCGAAGUGGCUCUAUUGAUGCAAGCUCACUGAUACCCACACCGCCGUAACAACUUCCGCUGACUGGAAGAAGUGGUUAGCAUAUUGCUGAAUUUGUGGCCUGUGAAACUACUUUUGUGAACUAUAAAAUUUGAUUCCCCUUCCCGCUUUACUGCUGCAAUUAUUUUUGAAGACGGACUUGAUGCAAGACUCCUGUUUUUAAUUAUGAUGCCAAUUUGUCUAGCUUGGAGAUGAUAUUAGUGCUUAAAUGAGGGAAUCAAAUGUAAGAUCUAUUAUAUAGUUACUCAAUAUUUCGUCA